CAAUAGAAAAUUGAAGAAACUCAACAUAAAUGGCUUCUACUUAUUCUUUGCUCUUGUUUGCUCUUGUUGCUGCAGCUACAGUUUCUGAAGCAAAUGCUGCUCAGCUGCGUGCAGAUUUCUACUCCUGCAGCUGCCGGAACCUUCUGGCCAUAGUCAAGACCGGAAUCACCAAAGCCCUUCAGAAAGAAGCUCGCAUGGGAGCUUCCAUACUCCGCCUUCAUUUCCAUGACUGCUUCGUAAAUGGAUGUGAUGCAUCGAUACUGCUGGACGAUACGAGCAAGUUCAUAGGAGAGCAGACGGCGGCGGCGAACAACAAUUCAGCAAGGGGGUUCAAUGUGAUUGAUGACAUCAAAGCCAUGGUGGAGAAAGAAUGCCCUGGGGUGGUGUCAUGUGCUGAUAUUCUUGCAUUGGCUGCUAGAGACUCUGUAGUUUAUUUGGGAGGGCCAUCUUGGGAAGUAGGCUUAGGAAGAAGAGAUUCUACUACAGCAAGCAGACUUGAUGCUAAUAACUCCAUUCCUGCACCCUCCUUCAGUCUAAGUACUCUCAAACAGAAUUUUGCUAACCAAGGCCUCUCAGAGAAAGACUUGGUGGCCCUUUCAGGGGCACAUACCAUUGGCCUAGCUCAAUGCAGACUCUUCCGACCACAUAUCUACAAUGACACCAACAUUGAUGCCUCCUAUGCCAAAUUCUUGCGGAGCAAGUGUCCCAGAACUGGAAAAGACAGAUUGCUCGAACCCCUCGACCGUCAAACUCCCUUCCAUUUCGAUAACCUGUACUAUAAGAAUUUAGUUCAGAAGAAGGUUCUUCUUCAUUCCGACCAGGAGCUGUACAACGGCGGUUCUACCGACCAUCUGGUGGGGAAAUAUGCUACGGAUAGAGUUGCAUUCUUUAAUGACUUUGCCAAGGGCAUGGUGAAAAUGAGCAGGAUCAAGCCUCUCACAGGAAAAAAGGGGGAGAUUAGACUCAAUUGUGCUAAAGUCAACUAAACAUCAGCUACUUAAAAUUAUGUAUAAUAGUUAUUUUUUUUUUCAAAACUAUGUCUGAAUUCUGAUAAUUUGUUCUUGGUGUCAAGGAACCUGGUUUAUUCAUCAAUAAACCUUCUGGGUUUAUAUGAAUGUGCACAUGAUUUUCCCAAGCUCCUCAGUUUCCCUGUAGACAUAUUUACGUCAAUGUAAGUUUAAUUGUUUGCUA